ACGCUGGGGACACCUGGGCUGGUGGUCCCCGACAUCCCGGCUGCUGGGGAAGUGAGACUGGAGGACUGAAAAGUCAGGGCCAGACCUCGGAAGGCUGAGGCAGGAGGAUCGCUGUGAAUUCGAGGCCAGCCUGGGCAAUUUAGACUCUGUCUCAAAAUUUGAAAAAGUUGUCUCUCCGGUAGAGCGAUUGCCUCGCCGAGCCCGAAGCCCUGGAUUCCAUCCGCAGCACGGCCAAAUAGAAAUUAAAGUUAAAAGUGGCGGAAAGCCUGGGGAUGUAGCUUAGUUGUAAAGUGAGCUUUUGCUUCGCUUGUGCGAAGCCCCGAGGGCAAUCCCCAGGGCCUCAAGAAAUGACCAAAAAUUUGUUUUGUUUUGUUUUUCUAAACAGGAUUUUUAUAUGCAGCCCUGGCUGUCCUAGAACUCACUCACUCUGUAGACCAGGCUGAUCUCAAACUCGAAGAUCCGCUUGCCUCUACCUCCCGAGCCCUGGGAUUAAAGGCGUGCGCCACCACUGCCUGGCUUUUAAAAAAAGAAAAGUCUUAUGUGGGAAAGCUAAUCCAACGCUGUUCGUGGCGGAUUGUUGAUGGUUAACAAAACACAGACAAAUACUCAAUAAUAGGAAAUUCUUUUUUGUUUCUUGAGACUGUGUCUUUAUGUAGCCUUGGCUGUCCUGGAACUCACAGAGAUCCACCAGCCUCGCCUUCCAAGUGCCAAUCGUUGCCAAACAAUCUAAGGAGUCAGGAGAUAACUUCCAUUUUAAGGCUCAGGAAAGAUGGUUUGCCCAUGUCAUCACAUCCCUUAUCAGACCUAGCGGUAGGGCUCCAGUCUUGUUUACCAAGAAGCCUAGAGUGUGCGGAGCCGGGCUCAGUAGAACAAAACUUGCACGCGGCCAGCUCCACCUCCCUAUGAAGCCCCGCCCCAUCCAUGGGGCAAGGCGAGGAGGGGUUUCCAUGGUGACCGCAAACAAGACCCCACCUGGAGGGGCCGCUACAGAGUUGGCACCCCUGCUGCCACCAUGAUACCCCCCGCAGACUCUCUGCUCAAAUAUGACACCCCGGUAUUGGUGAGCCGGAACACCGAGAAACGGAGCCCCAAGGCUCGGCCCCUGAAAGUCAGCCUCCAGCAGCCUGGACCCUCGGGUCCAGUCCCACAGCCACCCAAGGCCAAGCUACCCUCGACUUCCUGUGUCCCAGAUCCUGCAAAACAGGCAGAAGAAAUCUUGAAUGCCAUCUUGCCUCCAAGGGAAUGGGUGGAAGACACACAGCUAUGGAUCCAGCAGGUGUCCAGCACACCCAGCACCAGAAUGGAUGUGGUGCAUUUGCAGGAGCAGCUGGACCUGAAGCUUCAGCAGAGACAGGCCAGGGAGACAGGCAUCUGCCCUGUGCGCAGGGAACUCUACUCUCAGUGUUUCGAUGAGCUGAUCCGGGAGGUCACCAUCAACUGUGCAGAGAGGGGGCUGCUGCUGCUGCGGGUCCGGGAUGAGAUCCGCAUGACCAUCGCCGCCUACCAGACUCUGUAUGAGAGCAGCGUGGCAUUUGGCAUGAGGAAGGCACUGCAGGCCGAACAGGGGAAGUCAGACAUGGAGAGGAAAAUUGCAGACUUGGAGACAGAGAAGAGAGAUUUGGAGAGGCAAGUGAAUGAACAGAAGGCGAAAUGCGAGGCCACUGAGAAGCGGGAGAGCGAAAGGCGACAGGUGGAGGAGAAGAAACACAAUGAGGAGAUCCAGUUCCUGAAGCGGACCAAUCAGCAGCUGAAGGCCCAACUGGAAGGCAUUAUCGCACCAAAGAAGUGAUAAUUUCCAUAUGGGUCUCAGCAGGCACUCCACCCCAUCCUAAGCCCAUUGUAAUAAAAAGCCAGUUUCCUGAGUGAACAACCCAUCCCCUCCCCUGAUCACCACUCACGUAAUUGUUAGAACUGUUGCCCAGUGCCACGAAACACCUACGGUCUAGCAGCCAGGCUCCUGGUUGGGCAAUGGAAGGUGGUGUAACUCCGCGUCCAUGUGCAUCUUACAGAUUGGCCUGGGGAAUGUGUCAUCUCAACAACUCAGGAAGCAAGUGUUUCCCCAGAGAAACUACUCUUGCAUCAAGUUCAGUUCACGUUCCCCUUGUCUCUUGGGCUUCCCUGGGACAUCCUUCCACUUCAUCACUUCGCUAGUGUAACUUAGCAACUUAUUUCCGAGUUUGCUUUUAGUCUCCAUUCCCACCCACCAAGACAUAAGACCCCGUCCUCAGUCUGCCUGGCUCCGUGAGGAAACAGACAACCCAUGCUCGAUGAGAGGUAUCGAAGUCCCAGGAUCUGAGAGCUGUGUGCACCCAGGUCCUCCCAUUGCGCCUUCUGCAGGAAGGAUGUCAAAGCCUGACUCCACCCCUAACAAGUCAUAAUGAACAGCCAGGGAGGUAGCCACAUCUCACACGCAGUUCUAGUCAGGUUAUGGCCUAGACAGUUUGUAGAUCCAGAAGACUCAAAUUACAGACAAAUUUCCACUCAGGGAAGCCCAGGGUGGGAGAGGACAGGGAGCUUGGUGACACCCAUCAUUCAGUCAGGUGUCAGAAGGGCAGUUAAGGCAGCACUAACAUUUCCUUCCAUUUGGUGCGACUGCCUCAAGUACACAGCACCCCUGCAGGGGUGCCAGAAAGGACUCACUCCCUGGAGGCUUUGCCCUCCAGCCCAGUCAAGGCUUACUGCAAGGCUUCUGAUACCAAGAGCUGUUCUGAGUUGACCAUAUCCCAACACUGUGACCUUAUAGUACAAGUCACAUCUUUGACUCUCACCCAGUAUCCUGAGGAACUAGGUCUCCAUUAGAGCAAGCUGCUGUGCUGCCACCUUCCCGGAAGAGCCUGGUCCCUGUGGUGUGCUGGCUUUGUGGCCUGCACAGCAAAGCAUCUGUACCCUCAUAAGCCCAAGUAAACUCAUCACAGUUGCUGAGCACUCAUCAUUCCUGCCAGCCUCACCACGAACGUCUCUGAAGCACUUGUGCCCUUCCCGCCCUGGAGGCUCGGUUCCCAGCGCUGCUGAGUAGAGCAGGAGAAAAAAUACACGUCUGCAGUAGACACACACAGAAGGGUCCCACUCUGGAGGAACUGAGGGCCAGGUCAAGUGCUGGAAAAACUCUCUGGCUGAGGAUUUACUCUUGUCACUAGCACUGGGGUACAGCCCCAACUGCUAAGCUUCCCAAGUGUGUUGUGUCUUACAGAUGCCAACUGGGCACGAGAAAAAUGAACACAAUUCCUAAGGCACAUUUUUGUAUAAUUUAAUAAACAACGUUCUAGAUGUUA